AAAACGUCAAAUUGGAUACAAAUUAUAACAACAAUAAACACAAUGAAAUUAUUAGCGAAGAAAACUAACGUGAUAUAAAAUUUACACAAAAUGGAAUUGUUUAGGUCGGAACUUUAUUAUAUAUUUGUACGAAACGAAUCAAGUUUAUGGUGGAAUCGCGUUACAGGCGCAUUUUCAGUUCGAUCAGCAUGGGAUCUCUCAGAUAUCGAAGACAUAGAGUGUCUUGGUAUAACAGAAGGUAUAAUAGGCAAAGUAGAACAUUCCACAAUAUAUGAACCCCGCUUAAUGAUAAUAAAAGAGAGUGUACCAGUUGGCCAAAUUUAUUUCCAUCAUACUAUUUAUAAAAUAAAAUCGAUAUGUUUCUUAAAUAUGGGCGUAGCGAACCAAGAAAUGGACUUGUGCCCGUGCACAAAACAUAAUUCAAGUUCUUCCAUGCAAAGCUCAAAUAAAACGGCUAAUAAAAAGAUGGGUAGUCGCUUGUUUGAAAAUUCUGCAUUCCUGAAUAAGACUGUGGGUGCCGUGAAGAACGUUAGCAACACUAUAAAGACCACAACACAGCAUGCAGCUACACAGGUAAAACAAACAGUUAAAAAGCAACGAGAUCCAAAACUAGCUGAGCGUUUUGAGAAACGUCUAACAGAUGAAUUACAUAAAAUAUUUGAUGAUGCGGAAAGUUUCUACUACUCUCGUACCUUAGAUAUUACUAACAGUCUUCAGCGACAGUAUGAAAUUGAAAAGAUUCUGGAAAGUGAGGAAUGUGAAGGAAAAACUGUCACAGAUAUAACAAGAUGGUGGAAGCAUGUUGAUGAUAGAUUCUUUUGGAAUAAACAUAUGUUAAAGGACAUCAUUGCUUUGGAUAGUCCACAAUGUGAUGAAUGGAUCCUACCGGUGAUUCAGGGAUAUGUGCACUUGGCGCAGAUAGCGGUGGACGCUGACAGCAACCCCCUCAAUGUAGAGUCUCUGGCUAGUGGGAACACAUGUGAUGAUACAUUCACGUUAGGUCUCAUAUCUAGACGUUCUAGGUAUCAGGCUGGCACUAGGUACAAUCGUCGUGGUAUCGAGCCCGGAGGUAAAGUGGCAAAUUACGUGGAAACAGAACAAAUAGUGUCUAUUAUUUGUACAGACAGCAUUCAUAGGGCAUCUUUCCUGCAGGUACGUGGUUCCGUACCGAUAUUUUGGAGUCAACCAGAAUACAAAUUUCGACCACCGCCACGACUUGAUAGAGGUGAGGAAGAAACUCAUGCAGCAUUCAAGAAGCAUUUCGAAGAAGAAUUGAAGAUUUAUAAGCAAGUGUGCAUCGUGAACCUGGUGGAGCAGCAGGGGAGGGAACGUGUUAUCUGGGAAGCAUACGGCAAUCAUGUCCUCAAGUUCAACAGUCCUGAUGUUAUAUAUGCCACAUUUGAUUUCCAUGAGUACUGUCGCGGUAUGCAUUACGAGAACGUGAGUAUUCUUAUAAACGCUAUCGCUGACAUAAUCGGCGAGAUGAGGUUCUGUUGGCGCGACAAUCGCGGCCUCAUCUGUACACAGGACGGAGUCUUCAGGGUUAACUGUAUCGAUUGUCUCGACAGGACUAAUGUUGUUCAGACGGCGAUAGCUAAGUAUGUGUUGGAGCUGCAGCUGUGCCGGCUGGGUCUGGGCACGCCGGGCUGCGGGCUGCCGGCGGCGCUGCGCCACGCCUUCCUCACAAUGUGGGCUGACAACGGCGACGUCGUCUCCCGUCAGUACGCCGGCACUAAGGCACUCAAGGGUGAUUACACGCGCACCGGCGAAAGAAAAUUCACUGGUAUGAUGAAAGAUGGCGUCGCAUCUGCUAACAGGUACUACUUGUCGACAUUCAAGGAUGCUCUCCGGCAGGUGGCCAUCGACGUGAUGACAGGCGAGUCUCGCAGUAUACCGGAGCAGCUGAUAGUGCCCGAGUGCAGCCGCUGCACCAAUGUCAAGGUUCUUAUGCUUAAUGAACAAACGGAGCCAGACACGGCGGCGAUGGCGCAACACGUCAAGUCCCUAAUCGACGAUUGCAAGAAACUUUUGGUGGACACUGAACCAGUGCUAGGCUCCUGGGGUCUCAUAGACGCUGACCCACAUACCGGAGACCCGCACGAGACAGAGAUGGAUAGCGUGAUGGUGCUCACGAGUGAUGCGUACUACGUCACUGACUACGACGAGACAUCUGACCGUCUGCUGUCAGUACAGCGUGUUCCGCUCGCUGACGUCACACUGCUCGAGCUCGGCACUCUCGACACUAAUCCUACGAUAUUUGGCGUGGGACGCAAAAGCAGCACUGAGCCGGUCGUAUGUAUACGUAUCAAUUACAAAUACAAUGGCGAGCCGGGUUACUUCCACAUGUUCCGGUCAACAUCGUUGAGAUUCUUCAACAAUAUGGCGGUAGUCAUCAAUACAAGAGAUGAAAUGAUCGAAUCUUUACAUUCAAUCUGCGAGUCAGUGAUGGUGGCUCGUGACGUCGCCAAGCUGCCUCCUGUUCCAUUCCAUGAUGGAGUUAAACUGGAGAAGAGGAAAUCCAAGAUACACGGCGCUUCAUCAGGUGGGGCAAGAUCUGCUCUGUAUUUAGACGUAUCUCGUCUACCUUCACUCACACGCAAUGUGAGCGAGACACAACUAGUUGCAGAUAUAAGGAGCGUCGGAUCCAAAGCCUUGAACAACAUGACUGAGCAAUUCAGUAAGUUGAACAAGUUAAGUCAUUCACUUAACGCUAAAGCACGACCAAGUCUUCAGUUAAAGUUCGAUCAGGGCGCCUCGCGCACCAAGAAAAUAUUCACAAUCGGACAGAAUAAAAACGAUAAGAAGAAAGGUAGUCUCUCCGAUGGAUUAAGUUCAGACUACUCCUCAGAUGACGAAAACAGAACUAAUAUAUUUGAACCGACAUUAGAUAAUUUUGAAAAUACCCAACAUUAUUUAGGAAAGAAAUCCACAGAUGAAAAAAAUGAAACCGAAAACGAUUGCGAACUCAUUCAAAAUCCAUUAUAUUCCUCGAAAAUAGAACCGAAUGAAGUGACUGAGAUAGUUCAAGAUGUACCAGAGACAACCGAGCGACUGCCUGUCAAAACUCCGAACAUACCAAAGAGAAAUCCCUUCGAUAUAGAUACGACGAAAACCCCAGAGAUACAAAUCGAAGGUUUUGUGAAACCAACACCGCCUAAUACGUUGUUAUUAUCACAGAAACUGUCUCACAGUUCUAGUGAUAUUAAUUAUGAGGAUGAUCAGACCUCACAGGAGGUCUACGUGAGGUCCAACUCACAACAUGAGAUCACGUUGAAUAUCGCUCAGUCGCACAGCGAAUCAGCUCUCAGACAACUCAAGAACAUAGCCAGUCCGAUGUCGAGUGCCACCAGAGAAAUGGUGUUAUCACCGCUCUCGAAGCUCGCUAAAGGGGUCCAAACUCUAGGCGCCAAUUUGGACCCGAGAAAAAUUAAGGCAUCGGGUUCUGUUAAACAAAUCUCGGAACAACAAUACGAAGAGCACAAAAAACUACAAGAGAAAUGGCACGGCUGUAACACACGCCUCAUUGCGUUGUAGUGUUGCCAGUAUUGAGGGUUGAUACGUGAAAAUAUUUAUUGAUUACAAAAAAUAUUGCUUAAACGAAUUGUUAGCGUGUAAUUAAUCGAUG